UGGAAAUAUUAUGUUCCAUUAUUAUAGGUGAAAGGGGAAAAAUGUCUUUUGUUUCACUUUUUUUUGGAUUCCUUGUUACAUAUUGAUUAUGAGAAGCACCAAAUAAAAAAGUAUUUCUCUAUCUCAUUUUCUUUUUAUGCAUGCAUUUGUCAUCUUGGCAAUUUAUCUUUGCUUUGGCCUUUGGGUUGUUUGAUCUCUUUACCUCUUCAACAAACCAGUCAGUUAUUUCCUGCCAGUUUAGGAAAUGAUAAUUUCAACCUAAUUUUUGCAUCAGCAGGUUGUAUGGUAAUUUGUAGAAGCUCCAUGCUCGACAUAGGUAAAAGCUCUUGGUGAGAUUUUGUAAUUACAGGUGAAAUUGGGCUGGAGAUGUGGUUGUCUUUUUAUAAACCAUUAGUCAGGAAAUAGAUUAGUUAAUUUAUGACCCAAUCAUACUCUAUUUUUCAGUAGCAUUGAAAAGGGAAAACCCUAGUAAAUCCGUCUAGGUUCAGGAUAGCAAAAAAUGUUGUGAAGAAAGAAGUUCCUGCGACAAAUAUUGGCCAGUCUUGCAUACACAUUUUUAAGCACUCUUUAAUUUGUUAUUUCCAUUUCAUUGUUUUUGCCUUGCUGGCCAUGCAUUUAUAAUUUCAAAUGUGUUGGAAAGCAGGUCUUGCAGAUCAUGAUAAUUACCAUGAGUUUUGUCGUCUUCUUGGUCGGUUCAGAGUGAAUUAUCAGGGACAUAUGGGGUUCAUGCAGUGGAGGCUAGGUACAUACUUUGGCUUAGAAGUUAGAAGGGCACUGAACUGUGUGCAUCAUACAAAAUGGCCCUUUUGUCAGAGCUUGUUAAUGUGGAAGGCUACAGCGAUUGGAUACGUUUGGUUGCAGAGUUUACUCUCAAAUCAUUGCAGUCAUGGCAGUGGGCAAGCAAUAGUGUGUACUACCUAUUAGGGAUGUGGUCUAGAUUGGUGUCUUCUGUUCCAUAUUUAAAAGGCGACGCUCCAAGCUUACUGGAUGAAUUUGUUCCCAAGAUUACUGAAAGUUUCAUCACAUCACGGUUCAACUCUGUGCAGGCUGGAUUACCUGACAAUCUUUCUGAGAACCCCUUAGACAAUGCUGAACUUCUUCAGGAGCAAUUAGAUUGCUUCCCAUACCUAUGUAGAUUUCAGUAUGAAAGCAGUAGUUUAUUUAUAAUAAACAUAAUGGAGCCAGUCCUGCAAAUAUACACGGAAAGAGCAAGAUUACAUGUUCCUGAAAACAGUAACCUCACUGAUUGAAGAUAAACUUGCUUGGAUUGUUCAUAUCAUUGUUGCAAUUCUUAAGAUUUUCAGUGUACUGGUUGUAGUGUUGAAUCCCAGGAAGUACUUGAUGCUGAACUUUCAGCUCGAGAUUUACAGUUAAUUAAUGUAACUGAUAGCGGAAUACACAGGCAGGUAUACUGCACAACAUUUUUUUUUUGCAUGGCUUGGAACAUGAAUUAUCUCUGUUCCAUUCAUUAAAUUUGCAUCACGACACAACAUAAAACUUUAAUUGAAAAAUGACUUUGGUUGUAUGUUAGGACAUUUAUGUUUAUUAAUUUAUAUUUAUGUUGUUUGCUGAA